AUGAAGUGCCGCGGCCUUCCAGAAUCUGUUCCCGAUAGCCAGCAGUCGUCCGGUAGUGGAAUCUUGAGCCUGGAUCGAAUGCUGACCACUGAAACUGCUGGAGAAGCCGGAGAAUAUGGAUGCGGCGUCGUUUUUCUGCGGGUGUCUAUAGCGGAUUUCCAGAUAAGCCUGGAGAUGGCCACCGUUCGACUUGGGUUGGGGACUUGCGGGUUUCUGGCUUGGGAUUUCAAGUGGCUGACGUUCAAGUUAGUGACAGAAGCGAAUGAUGAACCCGUUGAUGGAGAAAAGGCUAACUGGACAUACUUGUUGGUGGAAAGUUGUCUGAUUGAGGUUGGCAGUUCAAAGAAACUGCAGUUUGGUGGCUGUCCUCUGGGAACAUUGAAACUAAAGAAGCUGCCGGGAUAUAAGAGACCGUAA